AAAAAUAAGUCGACCUUCACCUUCACUAGUGUUAAAUAUGCCGCAAGAAAGUUGUGAUGACCCUGCAGGCUGUCAACUGUCGGAUUUCGCCAAAAAAAUCGAGGAUGAACCCCACUUAACUGCGACUACCACCUUUGGCACGCCCAUUUUCAACAAGGAUGCUUCUCUUACGGUGGGCAAAAAAGGUCCGAUCCUUUUAGAAGACUGGGACUUCAUCGACGAACUGGCUCAUUUUAGUAGGGAACGCAUCCCUGAACGUGUGGUCCAUGCCAAAGGAGCUGGUGCUUUUGGUUACUUUGAAGUAACCCAUGACAUCACCCAGUACUCAGGAGCCAAGGUUUUCGCUCACAUCGGAAAAAGAACACCUAUUGCUAUACGUUUUUCACAAGUUGCUGGAGAGAUGGGAUAUCCGGAUACUGUAAGAGAUGUUCGAGGUUUUGCUGUGAAAUUUUACACAGAAGAUGGGAUUUGGGACUUGGUGGGGAAUAACACGCCCGUCUUUUUUAUUCGAGAUGCGAUCUUGUUCCCGAGUUUUAUCCAUGCUUUGAAGAGGAAUCCUGUGACGCAUUUGAGGGACUGGAAUAUGUUUUGGGACAUGGCGACUUUGAGAGAGGAGAUGAUGCAUCAGGUUUUGAUUUUAUUUUCGGAUAGAGGUAUUCCUGCCAGUUUCCGUCACAUGCACGGCUUCGGUUCCAAUACCUUCACCCUCAUUAACGAACACAAACAAUCCUGUUACUGCAAAUUCCAUUACAAGACCAACCAAGGUAUUCGCAACAUGGACUCGACAAAAGCCAAACGCAUCGCAGGCGAAGAUCCCGAUUACCACCUUCGCGAUCUUUACAACGCCAUCGCCACAGGAAACUUUCCCUCUUGGUCCUUCUAUAUCCAAAUAAUGACCAGCGAGGAAGCUGCUGCGAGUGAUUUCGACCCUUUGGAUGUUACCAAAGUGUGGCCUCACAACCAAUUCCCUCUCAUCCCUGUUGGCAAACUCGUCUUGAACAAAAAUCCUCGAAACUACUUCGCAGAAAUUGAACAGUUGGGUUUCGACCCGGCUCAUCUACCCCCGGGAAUUGGAGCCACAGCAGAUAGGAUGCUGCAAGGGAGACUUUUCGCAUACGGAGAUACCCACAGGUAUCGUUUGGGGGCCAACCAUCUACAGCUCCCAGUGAAUGCCCCCUUCCAAGCUCAUAAUUUUAGCAGGGAUGGGUUCAUGACCUUAGAUAAUCAAGGAGGUGCACCCAAUUACCAUCCUAAUAGUUUUGGAGGACCCGAUGCCAGUUCUAGGGGAAAAAAAUUCGCACCGACAGAGAGAGUUGCUGGGGACAAGGGGAGAUUCGAUAACGGAGGAGAAGCAUGGGAUAAUUAUGGGCAGGCGAAGAGACUCUACCAUAACGUUAUGGAGGAGGACCAGAGGCUUCGUUUGGUUGACAAUAUUGUUGAGACCUUGAAGACCACUGCAGAUUUUUUACAAAAAAGGGCCAUAAAGAAUUUUGCAAAGGUUGAUGAAGAACUGGGAAGGAGGAUUAGCGCACGGCUGAAUGCAAAGAAGAAAUCUCAUGCUGAGUUGUAAUUUUUGUAAAAGGAAUAGAUAAAAAUAGAUUAUGUGCAAGCA